UGGGGAUCUGGUGUGAGCAUCUGUCAGUGAGUGACGGCACACCCUGCUCCUGCCCCAUGGAAACCCUGGUGCCGGGACAGAUGCCCAGGGCUGGACUCCUGCUGCUGCCCCUUCUCCUCUGCUUCAGGCCAGAGACCGCCGGGAGCAUCGACCCGAAUGCGCUCAAAGCCAUCGUGGAUCACGUGCACAAGUAUCGCCCUGUCACCCGUCCCACCCCCACUCAUCAGUAUGCAGUGGCCAUCUCCUUGCCGCAGUCCAUGUGCAAGGGCAUCAGCCCGAGUGAGCUGGAGGAGCACCUGCCCAUGGCCGAGCUCCAGGCGAUGAAAUCCAAGCUAGAGACGGAUCUUCUGUAUGAGGGGGAUCACAUCGUCGCCGCCAAACCUGACACAAGUGGCCAACGCUCCCUGCACUCUGAGUGGCUGAUGCUCAGCCUGGACCAGAACGGGGUGAGUCCCGUCUCCCGCCUCCUGGACAAGGCCCGGGGCCAGACCAAGUGCCAGGAGACUCGCGCCUUGGACGAAAUGCAUGGCAACAACCGCUACACCAGGUCAUUUCCAAACAACCCGUGCGGCUGGAACAGCUGCUUUGUCUUCUUCACCUAUUAUGCCCCCUGCCUGAGAACCUGCCUCAGCUUGACGGAUGACCACCGCAUCCAGGAACUCAUGGAUGGGAUCUUCAGCGCCAUAGAUGAAGACCAUCGCGCCUUGGCCUUCAAGGAGGUUUUCGGUCAGGACAUAAAUCGGGGGAAGCAGCUUGUAUGGAACUCGUGGCAAACGCUCUGUAACGUGCCCAUAUACCAGUGCAAUGACCAGGGCUGCCAGAGCUGUGAGGAGAAGGACGUCAACAAGAACCUCUGCCUAACAGCAGUGAAAAACCCAGUCACGCCAGCCCCAAAAGCAGACCAUGAGUGAGGGCGCGAAGGUGGGAGGAGAUUGUAAGAAUGCAAUCAAUCAAAAACCAACCCAUCCCUCCGUCAACCCAUCCGUCCAUCUGUCCAUCACCCAUCUGUCCAUCUGUCCUUCAACCUAUCCAUCCUUCCGUCCGUCCGUCCAUGAACCCAUCCGUCCGUCAACCCGUCCAUCCGUCAACCCAUCCAUCUGUCCAUCAACCCAUCCACCAAUCCAUCAGCCCAUCCAUCCAUCUGUCAACCCAUCCGUCCAUUAUCCUUCAACCCAUCCAUCUAUCCGUCUGUCAACCCACUCAUCCGUCAGCCCAUCCAUCUGUCAGCCCAGCUGUCCAUGCCUCUCACAUACCUCUCCUUCUAUUUCACUAUCUCAUUUCAAGGUGCCCAUUCCCUGAGUAUCUGGGCACUGGGUUUGCCCUGUGAUCUCUUCUCCCUCUCUUUCUGUAUCUCAUUUCCAGGGUGCCCAUGCCCCUGGUAUGUGGGCCCUGGGUUUCCCCUAAAAAAUUGCCCCCCUUUCCGAGUCCAGCAGAUGGACUUUCUCUGCCAUAUGACCCACACCAAUAAAGCUUCAGAGCAGUCCUUGGCCUCACAUCUCUGCUUGUGUGUCUGUCUCCUUCCUCCUUGGAGAUGCCAGCUCCCCUGGGAUCACCACUCUGCAGGCUGUAUCACCCCUUCCAUCCUCCAGACUGCAGUCCCUCAUGCUCCCUAUGCCUGCCCCACACCACCCCUAAGGGAGCUCCUAGCCCCCACUUCUCAAAGCCUGCACCUUAGAUACCCUCAGUGCAUGUGAUGGGGUGAGUGAUCUCCACAGCCCCAUGCCAGUCCUGCUUCCUCACCUCCUGCUCCACUGCUGCAAGCCCUGUACCCUCACCCCCUAUGCCAUCCUCAGGA